GACAAACCAAUAUGAACAAUUAUGGAUAUCCAAUGGUGAUGGUCAUUGAACAUUUGCAGUGUUCCAUGUCCAAUGAUCUGCUAUGUAAAUUUCCAGAUAACUCAGCAUUCGAUUUCGAUUAUACCCAAAGUUCAAUUUGGUCUCCUCUAGUACCUAGACCAUUGUCAUCGGCGUCUAACCGGAGGCUCAGCUCUGGUUUAUCUCGAAGGCUGUCAUAUGAGAAUGUCUCGGUAGGAUGUACUAAUUUCAACAAAGUUACGGCAAAAAUCAAGAGGAAGUUGUCUAAUGCUGUUACAGAGAAUAUGAGAGAAUAUCAUAGAUCGAAGAAGAGAAAGAAGAAGGCACUUGAUUUUACUCGUCUACCAUCUUCUUCUAAAAUCUCGCCUACUCCAACCCCACGAAAGGGGUGGGUUAAGGUACUGAAAGCGGCUACAAAGCAUUUCAAGAAGAAAAAUUCCACAGGUGAUGUUAAUUUUUGCAAAUCAUUGAGUGACAACACUCUUCUGCGAACUUCUACAUAUCCAUAGAAGUUGUUUGAAUCCUUUACAUGGCAGGGCAGAACAAGAAAUUUGUCUUGUUUCUUUGUAAUACCUGAAUUUUCACUGUAAUCAGCAGAUGUGUAGCUGAAGAGUGCAUUUGUUUAAGUAAUGUAAUGUAGCAAUUCUACUAUGAUUGCUUGAAAAAAGAUGGAGCUUACUGGCUCUGUCCUUGUAACAUUAUGAUUUCUUGAAUCUGAACUAUUUUUAUACAUAA